UUUGAAGCGAUUGCUGUCCUGUGUCACGUGAGGCGAAAACUAGAUUCGGACGCGCACUGCCGCAGUUUGGCUAACCAACGUGCCAACUAACCACCGGGUUUCGAAAGGUUGUCGUUACGAUGAAAGCGAAUCUAAGUACAUUGAAAAGAAAUCGUAACUUGCUCAUUUCUUAACUGAUGUUUAGCACUUUUUUUCCUGGCCCAUGUAAAAGCAUUUUCCGUUUAUAAAGAACAUUUCAUUUUUGAAAAAAAAUGCGCAUAUAUUUUGGCCAGAGAAAGCGUUUUCACAAUUGCCUUGUCGUAAUUGUACGGCGUUAUCCGUAGCUGUAUGUCGUACAAAAAAAUUGCACCGGGAUCCAAGUCGUCUUGGUUUCCGUGCUGUCCACACACGGAAUGUGCUGCGGACAUAGCCGAUUUAGCAUAGCGUCCCCAUAGACACAAAAUGCCCUACUCAUCUAUUUAUAAUUUAUAUCUGCGUCUGCCUGACUCGCUUCACCACAGAAGAAAAAGAAAAUACGACAGAAGAAGUCAAAGCGAAAAUGGUUGACAGCUACUAUAAAAAUAUUUGAAAAACUGCAUAGUAGUUCUCGUGUAGAAUUGAAUGCUCUACUUAUACGACUACUGUAGCUUUAUUUUAUGAUAAGCACAUGUCGAUAGGGUGUAACUUUUACUGGCCGCCGACAAUCUGGAGGGUCCGCAGAGAAGCGACAUGAAGACUGUCAUCAUCAGCAGCAGCAGCAGCUCUGAUUGUGACUCUGAUGAAGACGAUUCGGAUGUGGAAUUUGUCUGCUCCUACCACAUCUCUGCUACCGAAACACAGUCCAGAACGGCGGGGCGAGCUGACGUCCGUGGCGCCUCGAUCAACCCUGUUGUUUCAGUUGGAAAGAAAGAAUCAACCCAGAUGUGUCCAGAGGUUAAGUUGCAUGAAAACCAGACAGACUUCUAUGCGACCAGUUUGAAGAAGCGUGGACAAGAGGAGGAGAAUGCACCGAGAACAACAUCGAACAUUUCAAAUGAACCGGAUUUACAUACACACGCAUCAUCUGAGGAGGACUAUGGGAACUUGAAGCCAAAAUCAGAAGCGAUAUCUUUUCAGUUCGAAACAGAACUUCAUUCCAGAGUACAUGUACCAGAAAAAAUGCACACUCUAGAAAUGGGAGAAAGAGAAGGCCCACAUUCAGGACAGAAAUCUUCUGUUUGCUUCAAUGAGGAUAUCAUUCAUACGUUACAGUGUCCUGGACAACUACAGGGAACUCGUGUAGACAAAAUGGAUGACGUGUCUUCAUCGCAGCACGUCCCCUCUUCAUGGCAGGGGACAGAAGAUGUGACUGAUGCGAAGUCAAAUAGCUUUGAUCCCCUUACCCAGAGCAUUGCGGUUGACUAUGUAAGGUCGAAAAGCGAGGACUUGGAAGACUUUUGGGCAAAUGGAGAUGAAGCAGAUAUAGACAGUCCACCACAUUUCAUGUGGCAAGAGGAGAGUAAUGAAGAAGGGAAUCCUGAAUUUGAAUUCAGGGGGGGCAGUCAGAAUGGAUGGAAUUUUGUGUGCCCUGUUAUGUUCCAGAGAUUAAUUGAUGGAUUAGCACACACCCUGGUGCCUGAGGAGAAUGUGAACUGUGAAACCUCAAAGGUGGAAUGCCAGCAAAGGCUCAGCCUAGUUUAUAUCACCAUGGACGAAAACUACCAUGAAGGCACCUUGCAGCUGUUGUCGGGCCUCCUCCGUCCUGGCUAUGGUCCCCCCAAGGAUGUUAUGUCCCACUUGCUAAGUGGCAUCCUGCUUGACCCACUGUGUCCACAUGACCUUUGUGUACAGGCCUGGAAUCUGUUGAUGAUGGCACAAAGAUACCACCUGGUUGAUAAAAACACAGUUCCAUGGAGCUGGGAGAUGUUGACUUCAGUCAUGUCCAGUCAGGACAAGGAAAAGAACCAUCGACCGGAGGUGGUGCGUAUGCUCCUGGAGUAUAUUGUGCAGACUUUAGAGGAUGACUUCUCUUACAACAAGUCUAGGUCUAUCCAUCACUCCAUAGCAAAAGCUACAUUGUCAUGCAAUCAGCUCUUCCCACAAGUACAGGAUGUUAUCCAGUGGCUAAUUUCUGCCGUCAUCAAAUCGACUCAAUGUGGAGAGAGUAGUGAAGCUGGCAGGGAAAAAGAUGAACAUAUCAGAAUUGUGUCCAUUCUCCAGCGGAUGUUGUGUCUCGCUUUAGAAGUAGAUUGCUCUCCUGCACUAACCGCACCAAAGUUGUCUCAGGAGCUCUUUUUCGCACUCAUCAGCACCGAGCACCAACGAGCACAGAGACUACUGCUGCUGAACAGUCUGCAGAGCAACCUGCUGAGAAUGAAGCUGCUGGAACGUCUGCUGAACUACGCGUGUCUGCACAAAACACCUUUGCCCAUGUCGUUCAGUCGCUUGCUGUACUUUUUAGAGAACUGCACAUUGGCUGCAGACCCAACGGAUAAUGGUGAGUGUUGGAAGAAAUGGGAAGAGUUGGUUCAACACCUUUGGAUGUUGCUAGUCAGCUAUGACGCAUCUAUAAAAGGAUAUCUGUACGGCUCAGUCAACAACCAAAAAACCCUGGCUGGCUCCUUGGUUUACAAACCCGAUGAUACGCUAACAAAGGCGGCCAUUUGUGAAGCCGUGGAGGCCUUCCUCGCAAGAUCCCAGGCAGACGUCGGUCAAGCGUUGCCUCCUCACGUGGAGGAGUCCCUCACUUACUUACAGGACUUCCUGCUAGAUGUCUGUGAAUAAUAAAUGAGGAAAUUGUUACUUUUGUUAAAUUUUGUCAUUUUAGUUGUCUGUAAGAAAUUUUAUUUUUAUAACAACAAAGAAAAACAUUAUUUUCUGUAACUGUUUUCUUUAUAGUAUAAUUAUAUUCUUUAUAGCUUUAUAAAUAUACAUAAAAUAUACUUACUACUACCCCUUU